UUCACAAUAUUUCUGUCUAUAAAAAUGUCUAAAAAAUUUUAUUUCUUUUUUAGUCUGCUAUUUUUAGCAACUCGAGCUGCUCUAGUUAUUGAUGUCCAACCUACUAGAAUACAACCAGGUCUGACUCAUAACUUGGUGGUCAACUGUUCUAUCACUGAGAACAAAAUUCCUCUGAUGCUGAAAAUUAACUCUCUGGUACUCUCACGCUUUGCCUCAUCAGACAACAGCUCGUUCGAAGAACUCAUUAUCCUCAACUACAAUGAAAACAAAAGUACACUCAAAACCAGCAAAGUUCCUGAGGACUCUAUUGGAAUCAACGGAGCUUCGUACAUAAGUCUCACCUGGCCGAAUCCCAGCUACCAAGAAGCCAGCAGGUACAAAUGUGAAGCUCGAGGUGUAAGUACCAGCUUUAACAAGAUUUCUGCCGCAGCUUACGCCAGUGUAGAGACGGAUGAACCAGACACUAGAAGCCUUGUUGAUGAACUUCUGCACCUCAGGAAAGAGACCUAUGAAACUUCAAACUCUUUGAAAGAAGUGAAACAGAAAUACACAUCUUUAAACGAAGUUCUCCAGAAAUCAGUUAACAAACUUAAUGCUGAAAAACAACUAUCAAAGAAUUCUAUUUUUACUGCUUCGAAUCUAUUUCAAGGUAAAAGGUAUUAUAUAUCUAGAAAGCAAGCAUCUAAUGAGAUUAACAACGCCCAAGGGACUUGUGAAUUUUACGGAGGUUAUCUGGCAGAAAUCGACACCACUGAGGAAUAUACUUUUAUCGUUAAUUUUAUUCAAUCAGUUUCAACCAAAGAUUCGACUUUUUCAUGUGUCUACAACGGUCUAACGGACCCAGAAAAGGAUGGAAUCUGGUCCCACAUUUUCAGCAAAAAAGACUCCAAGUUUCUACCAUGGGGAAAUGGAGAGCCUCAAAAUCAAGCUGAUUAUCGUUGUAUUUGCUUGGAAAAAAGUUAUAACUGGCGAUAUAAUGAUUUACCUUGCUAUUUUGGUGAUAUAUUAAGGUUUUUAUGUGAAAUUCCAGAAGAUGAAGAACCCUUAGUGAACUAAUUAUUUCC